AUUUUGCAGUAAUCGAAAAAUAUUUUCAAACUUUGUUCAUUUGAAAACCAUAUUAUAUAACAACUAACUUGCGCCGCUGCUAAAGAACAGUUUAAACUUGUAUCUCGAGCGUAAAGGUUCUGUACAAAUGGCACUAAAUAUAAAAUUUUUACUCCUAGCCGCCUUUGUGUUUGCCGCUUUGGCCAGCACCAGGGUCAAUGCUGCCGAUACGGCUGCAACUGCAGCAGCUCCAUCAGGCGAUGAUGAAUAUGACUCGGCCGAGUAUAGCGAUGAGUAUUAUGAUGACGAAAACUCUUCGGAUCUUCCAGAUGGGAGUGCAGACGAUCCAACAUAUGCUGAUGAUGAUGAAUCCACCGAAACUGAUGAUGUUGCAGAUGCUGCAGAUGCCCCUGAAUCUCCAGUGAAUGAAUCUACUGAGGACUAUUCAUCCGAUGUUGACAGCAGUGCAGAUUCUGAAGAGUCCGCAGGACAAGCUGCCAGUGGAACACCUGUUAGACGGCGCCGUACCACAAGAGCCGCCGCCAAUAGACGUAGAAGAUUAAACCCUAAUGCUCCAAGGAGAAGGAGAGCUGCCGCAGCCAGAAGAAAUGCCAGAGCCAGAAGAAAUACCAGGGCCAGAAGAAAUGCCAGAGCCAGAAGAAAUGCCAGAGCCAGACGAGCUGCAGGCAGGACACCAGCUAGGAGAGCAGCGGCCGGCGGAACUGCCAGGAGACCAGCAGUAGCUAGAAGACAAGCAGCAGCCGGCAGAAUAGCCAGGAGACCAGCAGCAGCUCGAAGACGAGCGGCAGCAGGUAAUAGAAGGCGGGCUGCUAAUAGGAGAGGUUAAGUCGUGAAAGUUUUAAAUUAGCCCUCUUUUUAAAAUUUUAUUAAAAACCAACCAUUCGCGCUAAAAAACUUUGUUGUAUAAAAAUAAAAAUUAAUUGAAAAUAA